AUGAACCCACUACAUUUGUCGGCAUUGGAUGACUUUGAUUCAAGUCUCUCAGAAGGAUUACCACUAACUCCAAAACAACGUCAAGUAUAUAGACUGGCCAAAAAGUAUUUUGUUUCUACUCAAGGGCCUGGUAGCCUUGAAGAAUAUGGAAGUUUAACGGCAUUGAAUAGUCCAAAGCAUCAAAAAGCAUUACAAGCCUAUCACGGAAAUGUUGGCGAUGGUGUAUACAAAAAUACGUCUGCAAUUGAUAAUGCACUAAGAUAUGCUAAGACGUCGAUUUUUUACAAGCCUAUGGUUGAGGACGAAAAAAAUGAUAUGAAUAGCAUGAUGCUACCUGAGGAAUCAUCUCAAUCUAAUAAUAGUUUGAGUAAGCGUAACUCUGCAGCGACAUUUAUUCAAUGGAAGCGUGACACUUCUAACAAUUCUUUGGAAGAAUUCCCUGCGGUAUUUGAAAAAUCAUCAUCAUUGGUAGUUGAACGCUUGCCAAGCUCUGCAAUGAAAACUUCCAGCAAUAACACAAGUUGGAAAACCCAAAGAUCAUCUAGUCCCCCAUUGAUUAUCACUAAAAGAUUAUUGGCAUCUGAUGAGUUUGAGUGUACUGAUCCGAAUUGCAGUUGUCGGCAAGGUACUAUUGAUAGUGGUAUCUUAGAGUCGUUUAGGAACAGAACACAAGUCCCUACAGAACGCGAAAUAGAUUUGCCAUCACCCAUAAGCACAGACUCAUUUAAUUUUUCUGCCCUUUGUUCAAGUAUUGGAUCCAGUGCAGACUAUAGUGACGGAUAUUUUUGUGAUAUUGAUUUGUUUAGCCCGUGCGCUGAUCUGAGUCUUGGAGAGUGCAUUAAAAAAAGUAAUGAUGAUGAAACUUGCAAAGAACAUUCGGCCAGCCCUGUGGAAUUUAAUAAAGGGUAUAAAAGUGAAGGAAGACAUGACGGGCUGCGAAGACGAGUAUCAAUGAAGUUGAAACGUUACUGUCAAGUUGCGAUUCCGGCCCAGAAGCUGACUCGGCGGCUAUCAAUGCGGGCCAAUGGUGGUGGUAGUUGA